GAAUAUCGUCGACGCACAGCUGAUCCGCUCGGAGUGGGGAGUGCGCGUGCUGGAGCUGCUUGACCUCCUCGGCGAGGAGAACGUCUUCCUGAGCGUCUUCGAGAACGAUAGCGGACCUGAAACUACCGCCGCCCUCGGGGAGCUCGACGAGAUGAUCAAACGCCACAUGCCCAAAGCAGGCAGGAGUAUCGUCUCUACCACGUUGCCGCUCGAGGGCGUGCCGCGGGUGCGAGUGCCGACCGGUGAGACGUACGUCAAGCGGAUACGGUACCUGGCGGAGGUGCGGAACCGUGCUCUCCUCCCGCUUCUUGGCGGCAUCCCAUCUCUCUCCCGCUGGAACCAAACCGGGCCUCGCCCGGCCCUGCCGGAGGAAUUCAGCGAGUGGGAAGUCCUUUCGCCGAUCCCCUCAUCCGUGCACCCGCCCGCGCUGCCCCCAUCCUGGGUCCCGCAACCAGAAGGCAUCACCAAAAUCCUCUUCCUGAACGACAUCGUCUUCUCGCCGCUGGAGCUGACACACCUCCUCUUCGGCACAAACAACGGCGCGUACGCGGCCGCCUGCGCAGUCGACUUCAUCAACCCGUUCAAGCUGUACGACACCUUCGCGACGCGCGACGUAUUCGGGUACCAGCUGGGCAUUCCGAUCUACCCCUUCUUCUCCACGCCCCCGUCCCGUCGCCUCAUCCGCCUCUCCUCCCCCGCCAUCCCGGUGAAAAGCUGCUGGGGCGGCGCGAUCGCCUUCAACGCGAGCCACUUCACCAGCGGCGGCGCGAACGCAGUCCGUUUCCGUGCGGAGAAGGAGCCGUUCUGGGACGCCUCCGAGUGCUGCCUCGUUCAUGCGGAUAUCGACCGCCCGCAAGAGACGUUCGUUAACCCGUUUGUCCGUGUCGCGUAUGACCGGCAGACGUUCGACUGGCUGCCCGCAGUGAAGUAUGUCGAGCGCUUGUUGACCCCCGUGCAGGCAGUCGUGACGUGGGCGGUGGGAAUGCCCUGGGGCGGGGAGAGGCGCAUGGAGAUGGAGGGGGAGCUGGUCGAGGGGAGGAUAGCCGGGAAGGGCGGGUUUUGUGGUAGUCCCAAGCUACUGGUCAUGAAUGAACACCCUGAGGAGGGCGGGAAGAGGUGGAGGGGCGUGCCUGUGCCCGAAUGAUACCGUGUGCAUGUGGGUUGGAGGAGUAUGUACUGGAUAUAAUGAUCAUGGCUAUACGGGAAUAUAAUGGCAGCACAACACACUAUGGUCAUCAUUCGUGAAGUCACAG